ACAAAAGUUUGACAGUCUGAGUUUAUUACAGAGGGAGACCAAGUAAAUUUUACCUCAGAUUAACUAUCACUAGAGUGGAGAAAGAAAGAGAAACAGAAGAGAGCGCUGCAAGUUGCUGCCCCUCUUCCUUGUUUAUCUAGAGUGUGGGGUCUGUGUGUGUGUGUGUGUGUGUGUGUGUGUGUGUGUGUGUGUGUGUGUGUGUGUGUGUGUGUGUGUGUGUGUGUGUGUGUGUGAAUGAGUCUAGGCUGAAUGCCUUCACUCCCUGUUUCCCAUCAACGUAAAGCAAGAGCAGAUGGAAGACUGAGAGCUGAGAGAAAGGAGGAGGAGAAAGAGAAAAUAAAAGGGCAAGACAAAGAGGAGGAGACUGUUUGGCUCACUUUAGCGAUCUCUGGCUGGAGAAAGAAGUGCCACACUAGACCUACACACACUACGAUGUCACAGUUGGAAAUUUACGUCUUAAAAAAGGGGUGGGAGGUUCACGUAAUACACUGAGGACGAGUUUUUGGGUUUUGAGACUGUACAACUUUUCUAACCAGCCUGCUGUCAGAGAAACAUAUGGCACACAGGGUUUAACUCUUCUAAAAUUACUUGAACAUCAGAGAAAUUAUGAUUAAUCCUUGAAAAGGAAGAAGGGAAGCCAUGUCAUUCUUUGGCUUAGACUGUACAAGGAAGAAAGAAAGAGAGGUGGAGAGGAAAAUCAGAGCAAAUGACAGAGAAUAUAACUCAUCAUUCAAAUAUGCUACCAAUUCCAUCAAGACCUCCAAAUACAACCCCUUCACUUUUCUGCCUCUCAACUUGUUUGAGCAGUUCCAGAGGAUCGCUAAUGCCUACUUCCUCUUCCUGCUCAUCCUACAGGUUAUUCCUGCUAUUUCUUCUCUAUCCUGGUUCACCACUGUCGUCCCUCUAGUCUUAGUAUUAACAGUGACUGCAGCCAAAGAUGCCAUUGAUGAUAUUAAUCGCCACAGAAGCGACAGGCAGGUGAAUAACCGUAAAGUGAAUGUGCUCAUCAAUGGAAAACUGAUAAGCGAGAAAUGGAUGAAUGUGCAAGUGGGAGACAUCAUAAAGUUGGAGAACAACCAGUUUGUCACAGCAGAUUUGCUCCUGUUGUCCAGCAGUGAACCUCUCAACUUGGUGUACAUUGAAACUGCUGAGCUGGAUGGAGAAACCAACCUGAAGGUUAAACAGUCUCUGACUGUAACAGGAGACAUGGGAGACUCUUUAGAGGAUUUGGCUGCAUUCAAUGGGGAGGUGUGCUGUGAGCCUCCUAACAACCGUCUGGAUCGCUUUACGGGCACGCUGACAUUCGGCACACAGAAAUACUCUCUGGACAACGAGCGAGUCCUGCUGAGAGGCUGCACACUCAGAAACACAGACUGGUGUUUUGGCCUGGUGUUGUUUGCAGGCCCAGAGACUAAACUAAUGCAGAACUGUGGGAAAAGCACCUUUAAGAGGACAAGCAUCGACCGACUCAUGAAUAUACUGGUGCUCUUUAUUUUUGGGCUUCUGGCGCUGAUGUGUAUUAUUCUGGCUGUGGGGAAUGGGAUUUGGGAAAACCAUGCAGGGUCAAAGUUCAAUGCCUUUCUUCCACGGGAAGAGAACACUGCGUUUUCAGCAUUCCUCACUUUCUGGUCUUACAUUAUAAUCCUCAACACUGUGGUCCCCAUCUCAUUAUAUGUCAGUAUGGAAGUAAUUCGGUUAGGCAACAGUUACUACAUCAACUGGGACAGGAACAUGUAUCAUGCACGAACUGACACGCCAGCUGAGGCUCGAACCACAACGCUCAAUGAAGAGCUCGGUCAGAUCAAAUACAUCUUCUCAGACAAAACCGGCACGCUCACCCAGAACAUCAUGACCUUCAACAAAUGCUCCAUUAAUGGGAAAUCUUAUGGAGAUGUUAUUGACCACUAUAGUGGACAGAGGCUGGAGAUCACAGAGGAAAUGACACCAGUGGAUUUCUCCUUUAACCGGCUUGCGGACCCAAAAUUCUUCUUUUAUGAUCAUACUCUGGUAGAGGCUAUAAAGCUGGAGCUUCCAGACGCUCAUGCUUUCUUCAGAUUACUCGCUCUCUGUCACACUGUCAUGGCAGAAGAGAAAAAGGAGGGUGAUCUGGUAUACCAGGCCCAGUCUCCUGAUGAGGGCGCUCUGGUCACUGCUGCGCGUAAUUUCGGCUUUGUGUUCCGCUCACGCAGCCCUGAGACAGUGACAAUAGAGGAGAUGGGGAUUCAGAGAAGCUAUGAGCUGCUAGCCAUCCUGGAUUUUAACAACGUGCGAAAAAGGAUGUCUGUAAUUGUUCGUAAUCCAGAGGGCAAGCUCUCCCUGUACUGUAAAGGAGCAGACACCAUCAUAUAUGAGAGACUACAUCCCUCCUGCAGCGAACUGAUGAAGGUCACCACUGAGCACCUCAAUGAGUUUGCCGGAGAGGGGUUGAGAACUCUUGUUCUAGCAUAUAAGGAUUUGGAUGAGGAAUAUUUUUCAGAGUGGAAACAGCGCCACCAUGAGUCCAGUGUGGCACUGGAGGACCGGGAGGAGAAACUGGAGAAAUUAUAUGAGGAGAUAGAGAAAGACAUGAUGUUAAUUGGAGCUACUGCAAUAGAGGAUAAACUUCAGGAUGGAGUCGCUCAGACCAUUGAACAGCUGACCAAAGCCGAAAUCAAAAUCUGGGUGCUCACUGGUGACAAGCAAGAGACCGCUGAGAACAUUGGCUACUCAUGUAACCUGCUGAGGGAGGAGAUGAACGAGGUGUUUUUUGUUGCAGCUAACUCACCCGAGGAGGUCAGACAGGAGCUGAGGGAUGCCCGUCUAAAGAUGCUUCCUGAUACUGAAGAAGACAAAUUCCUUAUUCCUGAGACUAUCCUGGGUGAUACUCCUAAAGUGGUUGAGGAUGAAAACGUAAAUGGAGACUACGGACUGGUGAUAAAUGGACACAGCCUGGCAUUCGCUCUGGAGAGCAACAUGGAGCUGGAGUUUUUACGGACGGCUUGCAUGUGCAGGACGGUCAUCUGCUGUCGGGUGACUCCUCUGCAGAAAGCUCAGGUGGUGGAGCUGGUCAAGAAAUAUAAGAAAGCAGUCACUCUAGCCAUAGGAGAUGGAGCUAAUGAUGUCAGCAUGAUUAAAGCGGCUCAUAUCGGUGUGGGUAUCAGCGGUCAGGAGGGGAUGCAGGCAGUGCUGUCUAGUGACUUUUCUUUCGCUCAGUUCCGUUUCCUGCAGCGCCUUCUGCUGGUACACGGCCGCUGGUCGUACCUGCGCAUGUGCAAGUUCCUGCGCUACUUCUUCUAUAAGAACUUCACCUUUACCUUUGUGCACUUCUGGUAUGCAUUUUUUUGCGGCUUUUCCGCUCAGACGGUGUAUGAUGAAGGCUUCAUCACUUUGUAUAACUUGGUAUACACCGCCCUGCCUGUUCUGGGAAUGAGUCUGUUUGACCAGGAUGUGAAUGCUGGCUGGAGUCUGGAGUACCCUCAGCUGUAUGUGCCGGGGCAGUUGAGUCAGUACUUCAGUAAACGUGCUUUUGUGAUGUGUGCACUUCACAGCUGGUACAGCUCUCUAGUGCUGUUCUUUGUGCCUUACGCUGCCACAUAUGACACGGCGAGAGACGACGGCAAAGAUGGUGCAGACUAUCAGUCAUUCGCACUGAUUACUCAAACCUGUCUCACCGUCACUGUGUGUGUACAGUUGGGGCUGGACCUCUCAUACUGGACUGUUGUUAACCAUCUGUUCGUGUGGGGAAGUUUGGGAAUGUUCUUCAUACUGACCUUCACCAUGUACACUGAUGGACUUUUCCAGUUACGUCCAUCUUCUUUUGCAUUCAUAGGAACUGCUCGAAAUUGUCUUAACCAGCCCAACGUGUGGCUGACUGUUGCAUUGACAGCUAUACUCUGUGUGCUUCCUGUGGCUGCUUACCGGUUCUUCUACAGCCAGAUCUCUCCUACCAUCAAUGACAAGGUGAGGUAUAAGGUAUGUCAGAUGAAGGAGCCUGCUCCUCGUCCGCGCCGCACCAGACUCACCCGAAGGAGCACACGGCGGUCCGGUUACGCCUUCUCGCACGCCCAUGGUUAUGGUGACCUUGUGACCUCUGGCAGAUUUCUGCGGCGACAUGCACCUGCUCGCUCCAUGGGCUUGAUUUCCACAGGACGCUCUCCUGGGUUCAAGCCCACAGGUCGGUCUGCGGGUUACAGCCCGGUCGGGCGAGAACAGAACCCCAAACAGAAAGUAGAACCAACAUCACUGCAGAUGUUCCGUGCGGUUAAAGACGCUUCCUUUUGAGGGUGCAGCUUUUCAACCGGAGCUAGAACCAAAACCUUAAAUGCUGUUUACAGGGUUUGAACUCUUGGGGACCAUUUCACAGCUGCUGUGUUAUGUGUAUAUAAUACGCACACUAAGAACAAAAGACUUUUUUCCUAAUGUACGAAAUCUUGUUGAGUGUGCAUAGACACAUUUGUCACUCAAAAUGCAAGUGUGGUUUACAGCAAGAACAAACUGAAACAUCCGUCAUACUGAAGGACAGAGAAUACAUACAGUACUUGUCCUUCCUACUGUCAUCACUACAGUGGGAGUGACAAACAAACUUCAAGACUGCAAGAGAGCAAAAAACAAUGGCAUUUACAUGAUGUCAUAGAGGAAGUCAUGAGGAAUCUAAUUCAAAACACUGUUUCCUGUUCUUUUCCUCUUCCAGGUACUAUGUCCACUAACUCAUUUUGACAUGAGCUCUGAGUUCAGUAUACACCACACCCAACAUUUUAUAGUCAUUUUGUAACUCAAACGGGUCAUUGCAUAUUUCCUAUCCUUUGAGUUACGUUUAUAAUGUUAAUCAACUUUUUCUUUUGCACCAAAACAGUCCUAGUUUCAUUUUUCCUCCCUCUUUCUGGGCUUUAGAAUUAAAGGGAUAGUUCAUCCAAAAAUGAAAAUUCUGUCUUUAAUUGAUGUCGUUCCAAACCCAUAAGACCUUCGUUCUUCUUCUGAACCCAAAUUAAGAUGAAAUCCGAGAGCUUUCUGACACUCCAUAGAGAGCAAUGCAACUGAAAUGUUCCUGGACACAGAAAUGUACAGUAGUAAGGACAUUGUUAUAAUAGUGCAUGUGAAAUCAGUGAUUCAACUACGUGUGGUUCAACUUUCAUCAAAAAUAUCAUAAUUUGUGUUCUGAAGAUGAAUGGGUUUGGAACAACAUGAGGGUGAGUAAUUAAUGAUAGAAUUUUCUUUUUUGGGUAAACUAACCCUAUAAAUGGGCCUUUUUGCUACUGUACCUUUAAGAGCUCAUAUAAGAGCUUUCUUAGCUUGUGAAAUGAGUAAAGGUCUGUUCAGACUAAGAACGUUAACUAUAACGAUAAUUAUGUAAGCAUCCAUACCAGUGCGUGAUAACAUUGUUUAUAAUAAGUGUGUGUGUGUUAAUGUUUUGUUAUCUGCCGCUUUUAAUGCUCAAACUCUCUAAAGCAGGAUGGAUUCUGAUUGGCUGAUUUUAUUUUAUUUCUUCCCGUCAGCUGAGGAAAAAUACAUUUUACAAGUGAUUCUAACAUUGUUGUUCCUCUGUUUCAUUAAUGUUAUGGUGUUUGCUAUUCUUUUAGAUUUAAAAGGAUUUUUAAAACUAUAUCUUAAUUGUUAUAGUUAUCAUCGUUGGUGUGAAUAGGCCUUAACAGUGCUGAAAUAGCCCUCAAAUAGUUAAGAUGGGAGUGACAUGAUCAAGGACCUUGUUAAAAAUAAAGUCAGCCGCUCUACUAAUUUUGGGAUGCAUUGGAAGUUGACACAGAGUCACAUAUGCUACAGUAACCAGCAGCCAGAAAAAGCCCAUAUCUUACACUUAUCUUUAUACAGCUUCCAGAACAAGACAUUUUUGCAGCUUUGUUUCUAUAUAUGCUUUUCUUUGGACUAGGACAGGGGUUUUGACUUCCAAAUGUUUCAGUGUUUUAAAUCCCAAAAUUAUAUUUCAAAAUAAUUCAUAUUUUAUGUCAUGACAUGAUUAUGUCUAUGUUUAGAGCUAAAAAAAUGAGGAGACCGAAUUGGAGACAUUCAUAGUAUUACAUUAUACUCAUAGAAUGCCUUGCAUAUGACUUUGACUUACAGAUUAAUGUUAGUAUCAGGAGUUCUUAUGGUUUGAGAAUAUACAAGUGUAUUUUUAGCACAGUAAAAAACAUUUUAAUUCAGCAUUACGUGGUAUACUAAUAAACAUCCUAUUCAUACUCUAGUUGUGACAGUCACAACUAUGCAAAUCCUGUAUUUUUUUAUACAAAUAAAAAACUUUUUUUUACACUUUU